AUGUCUUCUUCUCCUUCGAUAGCACCAUUACCGACAAAGCUAGUGUCCAUCAAGGAAAUGCGGGCAAACAUAGCGGCCUUUAGGAGGAAGAACCCAGACGCCGCAGUAGGGUUUGUGCCUACUAUGGGAGCGCUACACGCUGGUCAUCUGACAAUUGUAACCCAGGCCAAGAUAGAAUGCGACUACGUAGUGGCUAGCUUGUUUGUGAACCCAGCUCAGUUCGCAGCUAACGAAGACUAUGACAUAUAUCCACGGCCCAUUGAGGAGGAUAUGAAGCUACUAGGACAGGAAGGGGUGGAUGCCGUGUUUGUCCCCACCACACAAGAGAUCUACGGAGAUAAGAAUGCACUUGAGGAAGGAACAGCCGUCGAGGUACGCGGUCUCAGUCACCAGCUUGAAGGCGCUAUUCGACCGCAUUUCUUCAGAGGCGUCGCUACUGUGGUCUCCAAAUUGCUAAACAUCGUCCAGCCCGACUUCAUCUAUCUGGGUCAGAAGGAUGCCCAACAAGCCGUGGUGGUGAGGAACAUGAUCAAGGACAUGCACAUCCCCUCUGAGCUCAGAGUGAUACAAACUGUGCGGGAAAAGGACGGACUAGCCAUGAGCAGUCGCAACGCGUACCUGAACGAAGCCCAACGCGCCAUUGCCCCACUGCUGUACCAGGCGAUGGGUGAGGCACUGCGAUUGUACGUGCACGAGAAGGAGAGGAGCACAAAGGUGCUGCUGGACGCUGUCAAGGAUUACAUACGAGAAAACGGAAACGAGCUAACAGAAUUACAGUACAUCAGCAUAAACGACACCGAAUCUCUGUACGAAGUCGAGACGAUAGGCAAGCAAGGUGCCCUGCUUUCAGGAGCGCUACUGCUAGGCGAGAUCCGCAUCAUCGACAAUAUUAUUCUGAGGUGA